UUUCAAUGAAGUAAGACUUUUGCCCAUAUCAUGCCAGCAAUCUGCUAAUGUAUGCUGUUUGGUUACUUGAUGAUUUAUUUUUUUAUUAUUAUUAUUAUUAUUAUUAUUAUUAUAAUCAAUAUUUUUAGGCACACAGAAUAAGGUUAAAUGACAAGAAGCAUCAUAGAGUUUGACAGCCUAAUGCUGCUAAAUGAUCAGGGUGUCAAUUCCAUGCUCACACAACAAAAGGCUCAGAUGACGCCAAAAUGGCGAAUUCCGUAAGUGUCUGACAAAUACUUCGAAUUUACGGAAAGGGUAAUUUCACCACCACUGGGAAGGCAAAUAUCGAUUCCUAUUGAAAAAUUCUUCAACCACCCCCCCAAAACAUAGAGAAAUAUGAAUUAAUAAACACUACAUUUUGGGACUACAACUCCAUAGGCCCCAAUUCAUUCCACUUGAUCAGGUUUGCGCCCCCUAACGCAACCCAGAAAGACGUCACCAUCGACCUCUGAAAAUGAUCCGACUAUGGUGCAUUUUACAUACCUCUUGCUUUGAGUUAGGGUUAGGUUACUUGUUUGGUUUUUUUGGGUUUCACUGAAUCCUGUCUAAAAGAUUUGAAUUAAACCGCGGACUGAAUCGAAUUGUCCCGGCUCUAGGACCCAGCGCAGACCGGGGCGCACAUGGCAAAGCGUGGCCGCCGUGGUUCGGGAGGGGACGGCCAGGUCCGUCCCCACCGCUCCUCCACAUCCUCCCAUGCUGUCCGCUCCGCCGCUCCCCGCCGCGGCCCGUCACCGCUCCCUGCAGCUCCGCGCGCGGACCCCUUUGCCUGACACAUGCACUUGUACGCGCGUCCGCGGGCCGUCUCCGGUCACACGGCCGGUGUUGCGGGCAAAAGUUUUUGACAGCUCCUUCCCCCGGAGUGGGACAUUCCCUCUGGAGUCUCGUCUUGCGCUGGAGCCCUUUGUUGUUGUUGUUGUUGUUGUUGUUGUUGUAGUUUAGUCCGCCCUCGCCACAUUACAGCGGACUGCUCCGGUCUCCGUCCCGUGGAAAGGGUCUCAACCCCCGAGGAGCGAUGACGAGAGCCUGGAGGCGGAGGGGGGACUUCGCCUGUCUGAUCUUCGCUCUGCGCUGCUGGUGCCUGUCGGCGGCGACGGGGAACGCCGACAACGCGCCUUCCGACACACGGGGAGGUAGUCCAGACAAGGGUGAACAGCGAGGGACCACCAUACCUCUGCUGCUCAAGGGCAAGGAGCGCAGACCUCUCAGCCAGCUCACAGCCGGGAGUUACCCUGCGUCACUCCAGCUGCUGGUACGUGCGGAAGGUGAACAGCUGAUCCUGUUGUUGGAGAAAAAUGAGGGUCUUUUUGCAAGCCAUUACACUGAGACACAUUACGGAGAGGAUGGAAGUGCAGUCACCGGUGCUCACAACUUCACGAAUAACUGCUACUACCAUGGGGAAGUGCAGGCGUAUCCAAACUCUGAUGUAACCCUCAGCGCCUGCUCAGGCCUUCGAGGUUUCAUUGCACUUGAAAACAAGACAUUCAUCAUUGAGCCGGCGUCUGGCCAAGACGACGGUUCCCACUUCAUCUACCGAGUGGAAGAACUCAGACUUACCCCAGGAGCCUGCGGCCAUGGCUUCAACAUGUCGUCUGUUGCUCCUGAAAACCACAUCAAAAGCCCCUUCCAAUCCUUCCAUACAAGGCAUAAAAGGCAUGCUCAGAAGACAACAAAAUACGUUGAGCUGAUCAUCGUCGCAGACAACAGAGAGUUUCAGAAACAGGGGAAGGACGUGGACAAGGUGAAACAGAGACUGGCAGAGAUAGCCAAUUAUGUGGACAAGUUCUACAGGGCCCUGAACAUCCGUGUGGCCCUGGUGGGUCUGGAGGUUUGGAGCGACUCCGACAAAUGUCCCGUCACCCAGGAUCCCUUCACCACCCUGCACGAGUUCCUCGACUGGAGGAAAAUCAAACUGCUGCCACAGAAACCCCACGACAACGCUCAGCUGAUAAGCGGGGUUUACUUCCAGGGCACCACCAUCGGCAUGGCACCCAUUAUGAGCAUGUGCACAGUGGAGCAGUCUGGAGGCAUUGUCAUGGAUCACUCUGAGAACCCGCUGGGCGCAGCCGUGACUUUGGCACACGAACUGGGACACAAUUUUGGCAUGAACCACGACACCCCAGAGCGCGGCUGUGGCUGCAGGAUGACCGUCGAUCGUGGAGGCUGCAUCAUGACCCCCUCCACUGGGUAUCCAUUCCCCACCGUGUUCAGUACAUGCAGUAAGAAGGACCUUGCUGCCAGUCUGGAGAAAGGAGUGGGCAUGUGUCUGUACAACAUGCCCGAGGUCAAGGUUCUCUACGGCGGACAAAAGUGCGGCAACGGCUACGUGGAGGAGGGAGAGGAGUGUGACUGUGGGGAGCCAGAGGAAUGCAUGAACCCAUGCUGCAACGCCACCACAUGCACCCUCAAGGGAGGUGCCGUGUGCGCCCACGGACAAUGCUGUGAAGACUGCAAGCUGAAGGUGGCUGGCACCCUCUGUCGAGAGUCCAGUAACUCUUGUGACCUGCCAGAGUUCUGUACUGGUGCCAACCCUCACUGCCCUGCCAACGUUUAUCUGCAUGAUGGGCACGCCUGCCACACCGUCGAAGGCUACUGCUACAAUGGCAUCUGCCAGACUCAUGAGCAACAAUGCAUCACCUUGUGGGGACCAGGUGCCAAGCCUGCCCCUGGGAUCUGCUUUGAGCGAGUGAACUCAGCAGGGGAUCCUUACGGGAACUGUGGGAAGGACUCCAAAGGCUCCUUUGCCAAAUGUGAUGCGAGGGAUGCAAAAUGUGGUAAAAUUCAGUGCCAAGGAGGAGCUAACCGGCCAGUGAUCGGAACAAAUGCCGUUUCCAUUGAAACCAACAUCCCGCUGCAGGAAGGAGGGCGUAUUCUGUGUCGAGGGACACAUGUGUACCUGGGGGAUGACAUGCCUGACCCUGGACUGGUUCUGGCUGGUACAAAGUGUGGCAACGGCAUGGUGUGCCUGAAUCGGCAGUGCCAGAAUGUCAGUGUCUUCGAUGUGCAUGAGUGCUCUGGGAAGUGCAGUGGACGUGGGGUGUGCAACAACAAGAACAACUGCCACUGUGAAGCACACUGGGCCCCUCCGUUCUGUGAGAAGAGCGGCUUCGGUGGGAGCAUUGACAGUGGGCCAAUGAGGCUGGCAGAUGUGCGUAUGUGUGUAUUAAUGUGCGUGUUGUCAUAUGUGGCAUCAGCCGACAGCAUGGUCAUUACUGUGGCAAUCCUGGUCGCCCUGGUCAGCCUCCUGGUAGCCACCUUGAUCGUCUUUCUGAAGAGGAAAUCUCUGCUUCGACUCCUCUUCACCAAUAAGAAGAGCACGUUGGAGAAACUCAGAUCUGUGGAGGUCAACAGGCCAAACAGCCCCAUCAGGACUCAGUCCAUGUACAGGCCCACCCCUCAACGCAAAGCUCCACCCAAACCCUCUGGAGCCAGCAUUUAUAAGCCGUCUCUCCUGAGCGCGGAGCCACUCCUGCCUCCGCACAACUUCCACUCCCACAGCCUGCGCAGACUGCCCCUCUACCGGCCCCUGCACAUCAGCCAGCCCAUGCCGGUGUCUCUGAGCGUGGGCCAGCCCACCUUGCCUCCUCUCCCAGCCCACCACAGGCUCCUGCCGGCCCACGCCUCCCUCUCACCGCCACGAGUGCCACCUUUUCUCAGUCUGCCUCGCCGGCAGUCAUGGUGCAGAGCAGACCAGGACUUUGAGAAGCCCAGUCCACCGCAGAAACCUCUCCCUGCAGACCCUCUCGGCAGGAGCUCUCGGAUGGGUCACAGUGUCACGGCAGGGGGGGUCCGCAUACCAGGCACUGGACCCCUUCCCAUACCUAUCCCCACUGUGCCCAGGCCUCCACCGACCAUCCCUUUACCCAGCAGGUCAGUGGUGCAUGACAGGAAUCACAGACCGGUGCCGGUGUUGCCCUACAGACCACCAAAGACUCAUAAGGACUGCUGAGCUACUGACGUCAUGGACGAGAUCAUCGUUCCACAGAUGGACUUUCUUGAUUUGCACUAAUGACUGAGACUCUGUUAAGACCUUUGGGACAGUUGGAAGCGUCACAGAGAUUCCGUCGAAAGGGGGCUAACGUCACACCUCGGUGCUACACCUCUAAAAGGUGCUUUGUUGUCCUCGCUCAGGUACCAAUGAACUAUUUAUCUAUUUAAAUAUUUAACUUCAGUAUCAACGGCUCAUGCACAAGGAUCACAUUUCCCUCUUGGAAAAGUCUAGAAAAGAAAGAAACAUGGUGUCAUUUCGGAUAUUUCUUUUGCAUUCUUGGGUGAUUUUUAUACAUUUUUUUCUCAAAUGAAAUGCUGAAAUAUAUAUUGUGUUUUUUAUAUUCAUUGAAGUUGCUUGAAUGACAGAAGUCUUGGUGUCGGGAUUUAAACAAGGAUAAAAGGACAUGGAGCACAACUCAGCAAGUUGUCAGCGUAGCUUGUGGCCGAUAGAGCAGUCAUUUUAGUUUUACAUAUUUUUAUGAUGUAUUCAGUAAUGAAUACAUCUGUUAUAUUAAUAUAACCAUGGUGCUAAAAAGUAGAUAUUAAUCAAAUCCUUUUUUCCUGACAUACAAUGUAACAUAAAACAGUUACAACCGCUUUUCUAGAUGCAUCAUCUUAAAGCUGGAUUGAAUUAGGAGAAAAAAGCUUUGGACUACAGCUUUAUUGUUGGAUCAACCUGAUAGGCUUCAUCACACAGUCUCACUCAUUCUCCUUCAUUUCCUUAUAAGUUCACUCUCGCAGUGAAGUGACGAAAAGGAAAAGCUCUUUUCACACGUCGCCGACUGGCUCUGACAUACCUCAUGUGUUGGCUGCUCGGCGUGUUCUCCCGAUGCUGGCAGACACUGCACGGCCUCAACAGAUUGUGCGCCAGAGAAUUACACCAACACCAAAUAAUUCGUAACAUUAAAUCUGGUGUUUGUAUUUUUAAUGUUCGCACCCACUUUGUGCUUGAUUGCGCGAGCCAAGUUGGAUGAGGUCAGCGCUUACAGCUUUCCCAAACUUCUCCUUGACCGCGUCCAACAAGAUGCUUCACCGUACCCGUCCCGUCGUCUACUCUCCGCCCUUGGCCGUGGAGAAGUCCGCAUGAAGUCUGUGCGACUCUGUUGUUCUUGAACUCUGAGUGAGGCACUUUCCCUUAUGUCGUGUUUGUUGUUGACCUGCUGUUAUACAAGGAGGGAUUCAACUGUUGAAGACUUCGCAGUGCAGUUCUUUCCCCAGUGUCAGUGUUCAUUUUGGGAUUUUGCAUACCUGUGUUGCAUUAGUGUCCAAGUAAAUGCUUUUUCUUGGUUUUGGAAGUGCACAUGUGUUCAAUGGUCGGAGCAACUGCUCUCAGUUGGAAAAUAUUUGUGAGUGCCGUGUCAGUUAGUCGUUAAUUGUUAAUGCCAUUUGUAAAUCCCAAAUGUACUGUGUUUAUUUGCAUAACUGUAACCAUGUUUAAAAGCCAUUGUAAAGUGUAAAUAUUGUAAGUCGGUAAUCAUUUCUCUUCUUUUUAUGUUUCUUUUUACAAGCACAGUGGUGUAAGAACCGCGAUGAAGCCCCGAACCAUUUACAAUAGGUGGUGAAAACAUGAGAACAUGAACUUCUUUUUUUUUAAAUGUUGCCCCAUGACUUGUUGGCCAGAGACAAAUGUUUCAGGAUCACAUUCAGACUGAGCGAUUUGAUUGAAGUCAGAUCCAAAUAAAACUGCCUUUAUGACUGUUUGUAA